AUGGCCACUACCAUGAAAUUCAUUUCCUUUGCUUUGCUACUUGUACUUCUUUUCUCCAUUGAUGUUGAAGGAUCAGCCUCUACGGAAAGUGGUUCGUUGUGCUGCAAUUCACAUCCAAAAUUCGGAGUAUGCAAUCCAUCUCAAGAUACAGACAGAUGCAACAAAUGGUGCUUGAAUGGUUGUAAUAAUGGCAAAGGUGGUUAUUGCAAGCCUCUUCCUCAUGGAGCACAAUGCCAUUGUUUCUGCUAA